AUGAAAGUUUCUUCUGCCCAUUCAUUAUUAACAAAAGAUGAAAAUAUACAGUUAGUCAAACAUCCAAUUAAUAUUAAAAAAAAAAAAAAAAAUAAUAAAAUUUUAUUUUAUUUAAAAUAUGAAUCAAAAAUUAAUUCUCUUUUACAAAAUGGAACAGAAAUAAAACGAAUUACCAAUUCAAAAAUAGGAGAGGAUAUUAAAGUAUAUAAUAAUAAUGAUCAUGUUAAUGAUGAAAAAAAGACACACCCAUAUCAUGGAAGCUCUCUCUAUCUAAAUUCUUCAGAAAAAUAUGAUAAAAAUAUUAAUGCACAAAAUUUAAACAACAUGUCCAUUAAACCAGAAAUAUUAUCUUAUAACUAUAUUAUCCAAUCACCUCCAGGAAAAAAAAAACAGCCAAGAGCAGAUAAAUCGAUCAUUUUGAAUAAAAUCAUAAAAAACAAUAAGUAUGAAAUAAAUAAAUUCAAUAAUUCUUAUCUAUCUUCUAUAAAUUAUAAUAACAAUUCUUUUGUAAAAAAUAAAAAACAAUAUAUACAUUCCUCUGAAACCAUUUCUCCAAAUAUAAACGGUAUAAAAUCGAAUAGCAAAAAUAAUUACAUUGAUAUGCAAACUAAUAUAAUUGAAAACGAAUUAAAGCAAAAAUAUUAUUGUUCGGAUAAAGAUGCAAUGCAUGCAUCUAUCCCAAAAGAAGAACCAAACUUGAUAAAAAAUUGCUGCGAUAUUAAAAAUAAUAGAAAUUAUAUAGAGGAAUACGAUUCAAGUUCUAAAAAUUUAUUACAAAUAUAUAAACAUCGAUAUCUUCAAAAUAUUUCUAAAAAUAGUAUAAUAAAAUCAUCUUACAAAUAUAGUGAACAAUCAAGAAUAGACAAAUAUGACCAUAACCUAUCUAAUAUUAAUAAAGAAUAUUAUACAAAUGAUAUAGUAAAAAAUAACUUGAACCCAAAAUAUAAUCUCGAUGCAAAUAUUAUUAGUAUUCGUGACAGUAUUAAAUAUUCAAAUAUUUUACAUUCACAGCAAAAUAAUACAAGCGAACAUAUAAAAAAUAUACACACUACAUCACAAGAAAAUAAACCAUAUAUCUUGUCUUUUCAAAAUAUUAACCAAAAUGAUAACAUAAAAAACAUUAGUAAUGUAAAUAUAAUUCGAAAAAAUGCAAACUCAUUUAUUAAUAAUUAUAAUAUAAACACAAAAAAUGCUAAAUUAGUACAAAAGGAAUUUGAAAAAAAUGAUAAAUACCCCCAAAUAAACACAUUUUCACUUUACCCAAAUUUCAAUAGAAAAAUAAAACAUAAUGCAAAAAAAAAAACAAAAAGAAAAAAAAAAAAAAAAAAAUUAUGUAAUCAACCUAUAGAAAAAUCAAACAGUGUUGAAAUAUCAGAUUCCUAUUUUAAAACAGAUAUGCAUAAAAAGGAACAUGAAGAUGUUAUAAAUACAUUAAAAAAAAUACAUCAAGAAAAACAAAAUGACAUAAAAAAUAUUUUAGUUGAAGAAUUAAAAAAUGAUAUAUACACCACCAUCUUCGAAAGAAAGCAAGAUUUAGAAAAAUCAGAAAACACAAAUAACAAAAAAAGCAACCUAAAAAAUAUAUCCCAUUUUAACAUUGACACAAAACCGAUAGAAGAUCAAAAUUAUAACAAUACAUUAAACUCAGAUAAUUUAGAAUUAUCACAUCUAGAUAGCGACCUAAGCGAAAUAAUAUAUUUAGAAAAAGAAGAAGCAAACAUUAAGUAUAACAAUCGUAGUAACAUAGAUAAAAAUAACUCCAAAUUUAAUAAUCUAACAGAUUCGUUAAAUGCAAUACCUAAAAUAAAUACAAAUCCUAAUAUUUUACAAAAUGCUAUUAUAAAAGAAAAGGAGAUACAAGAGGACAUACUAAAAAAGAUAAAAAAAAAUGAAGACAUUUCAAAAAAUGGCAACUUUCCAAAUUUAACCACAAAAAAUGAGAAAAAUAAUAGUUCUUAUGAAAAAUAUCAUAAUAAAAAGGAAGAAAAGCAAAUAAUUUUGAAUAAUAAUAAAAAAUAUAUUGUGAAAAAUAAAUCAAAAAUAAUAAUUAAAAAACUUGACAAGCUAAAUUCAAAAGAAUAUAUUUCAAUAAAAAUAGAAAACAAUAAAUCAUGCAGAAAAAAUCAUACAGAAAAAAGAAAUAUACCUUUAAAUAAAAAUGAAAAAAAUUUAAUGCCAAAUCGCAUUGUAAAUUUUUAUAGCAAUGAAAAUAUUUCUAAAUCCUAUUCAAGUUAUAGUACAUUGAUUAAACAAAAAAAAUUUGAAACAGUUAAAUGCAAUUCUAAUAGUGAACCAUAUUCAACUGCCUUGAAUAAUUAUGUCAAAAAUGAAAUAAAGCAUACCGAAAUAAAACUAUUUUUUCCUGUCUUUUUUUUCGUCCACAAGAACGAAAUUCAUGUAAAUGAAAGAAUUUCAAUAUAUACAAAUAUAGCUGACAAUAUAAACCAAACUAUAUUCAAUAUUUUAAAAUAUCAAAAAAUAUCUCUUUUAUUUCAUAUUUUUCUUUACACUUUAAAUAUGUUUUCAUUUUAUAAAUUAUUAAAAAACAAAACAUUAUUCGAAGACAAUAAUAAUAAUGCCAAAACAAUGAUAUAUGUUAUAUAUCUUAUUAUUGUGGAAUUGUAUAUAUUCAUUUUAAAUAAUUUUUAUUAUUUUUUCAUUAAGCGUCAUAUACGAGAAAUUAUUUUUUCUCUUGAUAAAGCCAAUUUAGUUUAUGCCUUAGAUAAGGUAUUUCCACAAUAUACUUCCAUUUUUAAACAAAUAUUUUUGUCUGCAAACAAAAAUACAUAUAAUUUAGUUUUUCAAGAAAUACAAAAAUAUGAAAAUAGUCAAGAACAAAUUAGCAUUAUACAAUAUAUAAAAAGCAUACAAAAUAGUAACUAUAAAGCUAAGAAUAAACAAAAGGUGGAUUCUAAAAAUAAUAAAGAAUAUAAUCAAAAUGACAGCUAUAUUUUCAAUAUAAAUGAACUAUAUAAUAACUCAAAUAAUGCUAACCCACCUUUGCAUUAUAUAUGCAAUGUUUCAAAUGUUAUGAAUAAAAAAGAGGUAGACGAAGGAGACAUAACGAAUAUGUUAACCCAAAAUAAAAAUAAUGAUAAAAUAAGUAAUAAUACUCUCUUUUUUAAUAAACCUUUCCCAUACAUAAAAAAAGAAACGAUGGAUAUUCAUAAUGUGCAUUCAAAUAGAAAAGAUAUAAGCACAAAUGCGUAUAUAUAUAGCAGCAGCAAUGCAAAUAAAAACUAUAAUUUUUCACAAUUUAAUGAUACAACUAGACAUGAAUUAAUGAAACAAAAAAAUAAUAUAGAACAAAUUUAUUUUAAUACAAAACUUGAAAAGAAAAAUUCAACCGAAGAAAAUAUAAAGGAUCUUAUAUUUUUAAUAUUAAAAAAGCAAAAAAAACAAAAACUGAAUACAUUUUUAUUCCUAAAAUUAAGGACAUACUAUAAUUUUUUAAUUAUCAUUAUUAUGUCUUUAUUGAUCUAUAGUAUAUAUUUUUUUCAAAAUGGAGACCUCUUUAAUUUUCCUAUGCAACCAAACACACCCUGUUUCAUUCUCAUAUCAUUUAUUGUACUUUUUCAACUUAUCUUAUGCAUAAUUCUAGAAAUUAAAACAAUUUUUAUUCAAAAAAUUAACAAAUUUUUAAAUAGUCGAAUUAAAAAUUUAGAUUAUGAAAUGAAUACCUAUUUUUCUUGUCUACAUUAA